GGUCCGGAGCUCCGCGGACCCGCCCCGUGGGGGCCGCCCCCCGGGGGUAGCGGGGACGGGGCGGCCCCGCGCACCUGCGGCCCAGCGCUAAGCCCCGGCCCCUGUUUCCUGCCCGCGCUCCUCCCCCGGCUCCCCCGGGCCCCGCACGGCCAGAGCCGCCCCGCAAACACCCAGCGCGGCCCGAGCCAGGCGGGACUGCCCGGAGCGGCGGAGGUGAAGGCAGGAGGCUCCAUAGAAGAUGGGUGACUGGGGGUUCCUGGAGAAACUGCUGGACCAAGUCCAGGAGCACUCGACUGUGAUCGGGAAGAUCUGGCUCACCGUGCUCUUCAUCUUCCGCAUCCUCAUCCUGGGCUUGGCUGGGGAGUCUGUGUGGGGGGACGAGCAGUCGGACUUUGUGUGCAACACCAAGCAGCCCGGGUGCACCAACGUCUGCUAUGACAAAGCCUUCCCCAUCUCCCACAUCCGCUACUGGGUGCUCCAGUUCCUCUUUGUCAGCACCCCAACCCUGGUUUACCUGGGCCAUGUUGUCUAUCUCUCACGGAAGGAGGAGAAGCUGAAGCAACAGGAGAGUGAGCUCCGGGCUAUCCACAGCAAGGACCCAAAGAUCGAGCAGGCACUGGCAGCCAUAGAGAAGAAGAUGUCCAAGAUCUAUGUGUCGGAGGAUGGGAGGCUCAAGAUCCGAGGGGCGCUGAUGUGGACGUACAUCACCAGUGUGAUCUGCAAGAGCAUCUUUGAGGCUGGCUUCCUUGUUGGUCAGUGGUACCUGUACGGCUUCUCCAUGGUGCCCCGCUAUGUGUGCAAGAGGGACCCCUGCCCGCAUCAGGUGGACUGCUUCAUCUCCCGCCCUACCGAGAAGAGCAUCUUCAUCAUCUUCAUGCUGGUGAUGGGCCUCAUCUCCUUAAUCCUGAACCUCCUGGAGCUCUUCCACCUCUGCUGCAAGAACCUGCUUAGCAACAUCAAGAAGGUGUCGGACCCAGCCAUCCCAAGCCGGGAUGCCUUCGCCAGUGACAUGGUCUCAGGUGCCUACCCACACAAGCACUACCCCUUCCUGCCCAUGGCCGAGAGCCACACACCGUCCUACCAGGCCUUCAACAAGCUCUCCAGCGAGCAGAACUGGGCCAACUUCCACAACGAGGAGAACCUGGCGCUGGGCAGCAGCAGCAGACCCCUGUCAGACCCCUAUGCCCCCAGGGCUGCCGACGCCCCCAUCCCAGAGGAUAAACUGAGCAGCCGGCCCGGGAGCUCAGCCUCCAAGAAGCAGUAUGUCUAGAGCCAGGCUGGCCCUGGCCGCCCGGGGGGGGACAUUCCUUGGCCCCUUGUGCCUUGAAGGUGCUGGCCAUGGGCAGGAGCUGCCUCCUGCCUGGUGCUGUGCGGUACCC